CUGUUCAGUUUCUUUUCAGAUUUCGUGCCGUGUGGACGGGUAAAAAGCUCUUAGUAGUGAGCAAAACCGUCGGUUCGAUUGUGCGUAGGAAUUACCCAGAAGGCUCUGCUUGCUUGAACAACAGCAGCAACAGAAAAAAAAAGUGGUGUGAGAUUUGGUUAAGGAAUAUUGGUUAACUGCAAGGGAGCUCUCACAGCUGGAAGAAAACGCUCCCUUUGUUAAGUGUUUCGAUUUUCGUGGUGGUGUUUCCAAAAAUGGUCCCGCAGUAAAAGAGAUAUUUUCUGAGCUGUGUGAAAAGUGGUGGAAAAAGUAUUGUGCAAAUUCCCCCUCUGCAAGUAGAAAAUAAGAAGAAGCAGUAGUUUAAGGCGGGGAAAAUCUUUGUGCGUGCCUCUAUUGUUUUCCGUUCGUUCCCCUGCUCGGGUUGUGCAAGUUGGAGAUUACAUAGCAUCGAAAAAUGUCCUACUGCUGGAAAGGAUUCAUUUUCACCACGGUGCUGGUGCUCGGGGUGCUAAAAUUGUCACUGGCGCAGACCACGACGCAGGCAGCGGAUACCGGAGGUGGCGCUAGAGGUUCACCCUUAUCACCCACACGGGAUGGAGGAGGCGGUCAGUGCAUUUGGUACGGUGUGUGUAACAACGAAACCCUAACCACCUCCCAGUAUUGCAACUACAGUGGGCAGGCCAAGCCGGCCGACACUCAAACGAAGAACCUGUUGAAGGUCUGGUGUAAGCAUCUGCUCGCCGAUGAGGAAGGCAUUGGUGCCAUCGAUACCUGCUGCGAUGCGGAACAGGUUCAAAUCUUAAACAACAAUGUCAAACUUGCAGCAAAUUUCCUCGCCCGAUGCCCCUCGUGCAUGGCCAACCUGGUGCGGCACAUGUGUGACUUCACCUGCAAUCCAAAGCAGUCCACCUUCAUGGAAGUGAAGGCGACCGAAAUUAAUGAAAUUACCAAAAAAGACUACAUCACCGAAAUCGAUCUGCACAUCGCGGAGCAGUACCUGAAUGGCACGUACGGCUCAUGCAAUCAGGUCUCGGUUCCGGCCACCGGUCAACUGGCACUGGACAUCAUGUGCGGCGAGUGGGGCGCUUCCCGGUGUAGCGCCAAGAAGUGGUUCAACUUCAUGGGUACCAAGGAUGGAAACGCCUUUGUGCCCUUCCAGAUCAACUACAUCGCCCACCAAAACAACAGCGAUAGCACGUUCGUACCGUUGAAACCGCGGGUUGUUCCAUGCAGCGAAAAGUUGGAUAAUAAAACUCCUGCCUGUUCGUGCAUUGACUGCGAUGCGUCCUGUCCGCGACCACCGCCCCCGGUACCCCCACCGCAGCCAUUCGUGAUCUACGGCUUCGAUGGAUACGCCGUGGUCAUGUUCUUUGUGUUUCUCGUCUGCAGCGGGCUGUUCGUGAUCGGCGCAUGCCUCUGCCAGUCCGGGAACAACAACGGUGCCGAACUACUGGUGCCUGGUGACACAUUGCACUCGGACCUGCGCUCGACCGUGGGUCGCCGUUUGGCCGAAGGACUAUCUAACAGUGGCGACUUGGGCACCGAUCGCGAAGAUUCGCCCCUACAAUCGAAGAGAUCCAGUGCAACAUGGGAUGGCGAACAGGAACUCCGCCCGCAUCCGAGUGCCAUCAACGGGGACGACGAUGACGAAGCCGGUUACUUCGAGCGAUUGGGUGCCAAGACGGAAACCGCGCUGGAGAAGUUCUUCACCAUUUGGGGCACCACCUGUGCCAAGCAUCCCUGGAUCGUGCUGCUGUUUGGUCUCCUGUUCAUCGUGGCCAUGGGAUUCGGUAUCAAGUUCCUGCACAUCACCACCAACCCUGUCGAGCUGUGGGCAUCGCCAAACUCGCGGUCCCGCGUCGAGCGCGAAUACUUUGAUUCACACUUUGAACCCUUCUACCGAAUCGAGCAACUCAUCAUCAAAGCGGAGAACCUCUCCAACGUGGUCCACAACACUUCCAACGGUGCAAUAGUGUUUGGACCGGUUUUCAACAAACAGUUCCUGUUGGAUGUGUUCGAACUGCAGCAAUCGAUCAAAAAUAUUGAAGCGACCAUGGAAAACAACAGUACGGUUGGAUUGCAGGACAUUUGCUUCGCACCUCUUACGGCGGACUACCGGGGUCCCACCGAGACAGAAGAUUGUGUAGUGCAAUCGCUGUGGGGUUACUUCCAGGAUGACGUUGACACUUUUGAGGAAGAAGAUGAAGACACGCAAGGGUUUUCGGUAACCUACCUCGACAGAUUGAUGCAAUGUUUUGGCAAUCCGUACAAUCCGUUGUGUUUGGCUCCGUAUGGUGGGCCGGUGGAUCCCGCUAUUGCUCUCGGUGGCAUCCCGCAACCAUCGUCAGCCGAUGUGAAACCUAAAUAUGAGAAUGCAAAUGCCGUGAUAUUGACCUUCCUGGUAAGGAACUACCAUGACAAAAGUAAACUGACGGCUGCACUGGCUUGGGAAGAGAGCUACGUGGCAUUUAUGAAGAACUGGACGCGGGCAAACAUGAGCAUUGCCUUCACCUCAGAGCGAUCGAUCGAAGACGAACUGCGACGGGAAUCCCAAUCGGAUGUUUCGACUAUUCUUGUUUCGUACAUCAUCAUGUUUGCCUACAUUGCUGUUUCGCUGGGGCAUGUGAAUCAGUGGAAUCGAGCGUUGAUCGAUUCGAAGAUCACGUUGGGCCUCGGUGGUGUAGUGAUCGUACUGGCCUCAGUGGUAGCUUCUGUGGGUAUCUUCGGCUACAUCGGACUUCCGGCAACGCUGAUCAUCGUUGAAGUCAUCCCGUUCUUGGUUCUCGCUGUCGGAGUAGAUAAUAUUUUCAUUCUCGUUCAGACCCAUCAGAGAGACACUAAAAAGCCAACGGAAACUCACGCGGAACACAUAGGACGAAUUCUGGGCCGUGUAGGACCAUCGAUCCUAUUGACGGCGGUCAGUGAAAGCUGUUGUUUCUUCCUGGGUGGCCUUUCCGAUAUGCCUGCUGUUCGUGCCUUCGCCUUGUACGCCGGUAUGGCCUUACUGAUUGACUUUUUCCUACAAAUCACCUGCUUCGUGAGUCUGCUGGCUCUGGAUACUGCUAGGCAAGCUGACAAUCGGUAUGAUGUGCUAUUUUUCCUGCGAGGCUCCAAGAAGGACGUUCCAGUCAAUGCCAACAAGGAAGGUCUGCUGUACAAGUUCUUCAAGAGCAUCUAUGUGCCUUUCAUCAUGCAGAAACCGAUUCGCGUGGGAGUGAUGGUUGUGUUCUUCGGGUGGCUAUGCUGGAGCAUUUCCGUUGCUCCGCAUAUCGAUAUUGGUUUGGAUCAGGAACUCUCCAUGCCCGGUGAUAGCUUUGUGCUCAAAUACUUCCGCUAUCUCGGUCAGUAUCUUAGCAUUGGACCACCGAUGUACUUUGUUGUGAAGAGUGGACUGAACUAUUCGCAACCGUACGAUCAGAAUUUGAUAUGCGGUGGACAGCACUGUAAUCUGGAUAGCUUGUCGACCCAGGUGUACAUCGCUAGCAGACGUCCGGAGGAAACUUACAUCUCACGCCCAGCUGCAUCCUGGUUAGACGACUACAUCGAUUGGUCCGUGGCCUCGGAUUUCUGCUGUAAGCAGUACCCUAACGGAUCGUUCUGCCCUCAUGACCAGUCCUGUGGAAAAUGUUCGAUCAACAUGACCUCUUGGAAUCGACCAAACGAGCCGAGCUUCCAGCGAUACGUAUCCUUCUUCCUGCAGGACAACCCAGAUGCAGAUUGCGCUAAAGCCGGCCAUGCAGCGUAUGGAAGCGCAGUUAACCUCAAAUCGAUACCCAGCAGUAAGAACAGCGAGGUUGGCGCUUCCUACUUUAUGGCAUAUCACACCAUCCUGAAGACGUCGUCCGAUUACUACGAAGCGUUGCGUUCCGCUCGGAAAGUUUCCGCCAACAUUACCAGCACCAUCCAAGCCAAGUUACGGCUGGAAGGGCGAAGUGAAGCGGAAAUUCAAGAGGUUGAAGUAUUCCCGUAUUCGGUGUUCUACGUGUUCUACGAACAGUAUUUGACCAUGUGGCCGGACACGCUCAAGAGCAUGGGCAUUUCGGUACUGGCCAUCUUUAUCGUGACAUUCCUGCUGAUGGGCUUCGACAUCCAUUCGUCGGUGGUGGUCGUCAUAACGAUCACGAUGAUUGUCAUCAACAUCGGUGGGCUGAUGUACCACUGGAGCAUCUCGCUGAAUGCCGUCUCGCUGGUGAAUCUGGUGAUGGCAGUCGGCAUCAGUGUGGAGUUCUGCUCCCAUCUGGUGCACAGUUUCUCCGUUUCGCUGGAGGAGACCCGGGAGAAACGGGCAGCCGAUGCACUGACCAAAAUGGGCAGCUCGGUGUUCUCCGGCAUCACGCUGACCAAGUUCGGGGGAAUCCUGGUGCUAGGGUUCGCCCAGAGCCAGAUCUUCCAGGUGUUCUACUUUAGGAUGUAUCUGGGCAUUGUGCUGUACGGUGCCGCCCAUGGUCUCGUGUUCCUGCCGGUCCUGCUGAGCUACAUCGGCGCCCCCAUCAACAAGGUGAAACUGGCCAACCACCGACGGCAGGCGAUGCAGGACACCCAGGAAACGUCACUCUCAACCCGCUGGGAUGAAAGAAUCUUUAUGUUUGACCAAGUCGAAGCCGAUGUCCAUGGCGUGAUGUAUCGCAGAAGACGUUCCAACGACGACGUCGCCUCCCGCAACACCAACCCUGAAAUUGAGAACGAUGAUGAUGACGAAGAUGAAGAUGAGAACUACCAAAGCCGUCACUACUACCAGCCACAGCAACACUGGCAGCAGCAGCAGCAACAACAACAACAACGAGAGCAGCAGUCGGCUCUGGACCAACAACAACAACAACAACAAGAGCAACCGUUCUACGACAUCAGUGGAACCUACGGGCAGCAGCAAUACCACCCCAACCAAUACGACACGCGAGCAUUCGUCCAUUCGGAAGCGUAUACAGAACAACUUACCGAACCUCUUCUGCAACCAUCAACCAGUAAACGCAGCUCCGCGCACCGACCUGUAAGUAACACCUCCCCAUCAGGAUCAGGUAACUCUAGCACCUCCACCAGCUCUUCCUCUUCGACCAGAAGGCAACAGCGGAGGAAAGGCCCCCCCGGGGCAGCAUCAGCAGCAAUCGACGACAAACAUGUGAUACUCGAUGACGAAUCAGUAGUAAGUGCUGCGGCUGCCACCGCCGCCGCCGAAGCGAGCAUCGACUAACGUAGUGUAUGACUACAGCAAACUAGCCGUAUUUUUAGUAGACGCCAUAGGCAGGGGUUUUGAGUGAACAGAGAACAGUGAAAACUUUUUUUGUACUAAUCCGACUUGUUGACGCUGGUUCAUCAACAUUCUUUCGAAAAUUUUCACAUUUUGGAAAACAAAAGAAAAACGUAAUCAAUGACUAAAUCGAGAUCUCUGUUUUCUUUGAGAUACAACAACAGUAGACCUGGUGCAUGAGAGCGUGUGCGAUAUCAAGUAGCAGAAGAGAAGAUAGAAACCAACCUUAUAUUUGAUAGGAGCGAAUGGAGCAUACGAGCGGAAACAGGAAGAAGAAACGUUCAUAUGUAUAACUAUAUAUUAACAUCUAGGGACGGUAAAUAUUUUGUACCAAAUAAACAAUCAUCUAAAAUUAAAAACAAAACUAGCAGUUUAAGGAGUUGAGGAAACAGCGGAUGAAAGAGCGGAAAAGGGAAAAUAUUCUUAUGAGUAAAUUUCGAACAGCGAACUGUUACACGUUGAUGAAGGUAGGUCGAAAAUGUAAAGGAAUAGGGAAAUUCCGGCUCGUUCUGAUAGACGAUCGGUAGUUGAUAUGUUUUGGAUAGGGAAAUUUAAUAGGGAACGUUAUCGCAGCAAUGGGGGGGCAAGCGAGCAGCAGAAGCGGUUAUAAAUUUAAACUGAACCAUUAUACUGUAAAUGUCUAUAGGGAAUAAUCAAAUUGAAGAAAAGGCUAGUUUAUAGUUUUGUAAGAAGAUAUAUGGCACCCAAAAACACAACACACAUUAGUACACACACACACACACACACACACGCUCUAUAACCGAUACCUAAAUGUUACUGCGAGGUUCCUCCUGGUACUCGUUGGGGCGGAGUGAGUGCUUCUGAAUUGGAGUCGCUUAAGCGGGGACGUGUCCAACCGCGGAGAAGAAAAGUUUGGUGUAGGGUGUAAUGAAAGUGCUAGUUGAUUGCCUUAUUCUUCCGUUCCUGUUUGCGUUAAUCGGUGGUUAUCGUUUGAUUGGAGUGGCAGUAUUUUGUUGACAGAUUGAAUGGGUUGAAGACUUGGUACUUGUUUUGGCAAAUUUGAUAAGUGUAUGGCAACGGGGGGGCAAUCUUUUGGGUAUCCAGAGCCCAGAGGUGCUAUGUGACCUAACUGUGAUGAAAAUGUAAUGAGCCUGCACUGGAAAAAUACGUUGAAAUAAGAAAUGAUAUAAUAGAUGGUGAGAGUGUAAAAAGUGCAUUACCACGCUUUGUCGUAUCUCAGAAACAAAACAUCGAGGAUGACUCAGUAAUUUCAUUCAGGUGGUCUGAACGUCACAAAGUAUGAGACAAAUUUCUACUACAUUGUCUCGAAAGUAGAUUAAACUGUGGUUAGUGGUACGCCUCCCCCUGGAAAAGAAAUAAAAACCCGUAAAGGAGAGGUUUAUCGGAUGCUUUGCACUUUUCCCACAGGUAAAGAAAGCUCUCAAUUAACAACUGUGGAAGUGCUAAAAGAACACUAAGUUGAGAGCCGGCGUAAAGUCUCAGUAGGGACGUAAUCAAGCC